AACAUACGUGCAUUAGUUAAACAAUUUGGCGAUAGAUGGCGCUGUACACAAAUAUAUUUAGUAUAGGUACUUCUGUUCAAAAGUCUUUCGCCUUUAUAGUUACACGAGAUAAUUCAAAGUUUUUACGGAACCCUCGGUGCGCGAGUAAAACCAACUCGCUCUUGACCGUUUUUUUUUACUUUUAGUUACAUGUGCCUCUCUUAAAGAUUAGUAGAUAUUUUUUUCAUUUUAAUUUCUGAACUUAGUAGCGGUACACACAAUACACCUAUGAUCAAAUUUUAAUUCAAAUGUAUCUUAUAGAUUUUGAGAUAAAUGGCUGUGUCAUAUGGACAUAAGGACUAAGGAACGGAUAAACGGACAAGAAUGGACAAAACUCUACUCUUUGUUUUUUUAUUUUAUCUCAACGCCAGAAAGUCUCAUAUAUAAUGCUUGUUAUUCUUGUGACAAUGAUAACCUCUGACGCACUAGAUAAUUUUUUUGCUGUAAUCUCCUUUCUGGCGAACGAAGUGACUCUCGAUAAUGAGACGUUUAGGUGCAAGAUCACUUCUGCGCAUCAUACGAGAAUUGCUCUGCGGAGUUCCCAGAUAUUUGAUUUUUGCAAACUAGCACCUGCGAGUUGAAUUUCCCAAGAUGCAAUGCAAGUUGUCAUUGUUACUGGCAAUAUGUGCGCUUGCUACUGCUCUGGCAAAAGACAAGAGACCCUUGGGAGUUGAAUCUGACUCUGACGAGUCUGGAGAGCAGAACACACAUGACACAACUACUGUAAAACCAGAGAGCAAUAUAAUCUUUAUAAAAAACUCGACGGACCUAGAGACUCAGAUCGCUGGGGCCGGCGACAAAUUGGUGAUAAUCUAUUUCAUGGUUACUUGGUGCCCGCACUGCAAAAAGAUUAAUCCUACCGUCGAAGAUAUUGCAGCCAAGACAAACAACCUGGUCGUCCUAAUGGUGGACAGAGAUAACCUUGAAGACGAUCAUGAGGUUUGGAAGUAUGGGCUGAGUAACCUGCCUAGUGUCCCAAGAUUCAUUUUUGUAAAAAAUGGGAAGAAAAUCGAAGAAAUACAUGGCAGUAACUGUGAUUUACGUGGCACUGUGUCUAAGUUCAUGUCGCCCUCAAAAAGUAGCUCAGAAUCAUCAGAUUCAUCUAAUUUAUUAGACGAAUAACAGCAAAACGAUUAACUGACUUUAUUAUGUGUAUUUGUAUAAAAAUCAUUAAAACAUAAAUAAAUAAUAAAUUAAAUAUGUUA